UCUGGAUCUUUUCCUUGCGUAAAAUAGCGAAAAUACAACACUAAAUAAAUAAUAAGUCAAAUCUUAAUGAUUACUAAACUGAUAAGAUCAGAGUUCUGAUCUGUGGAAGUGCUCACAGACACUGUCCGCCUGCUUUUAUUUUGAAAUAUCCGCGCAGAGCGGAAAUGAUUAUUUCCGACCCGGAAGUGACUCUUUGUGUUGUGGCGCUGAUAUUUUGUGUCAGUUAUUAAGACGACAGCAGCUUCACAGCUCCUCCUCGCUGCUCUCCUCACAGCUCCUCCUCAGCUCGCGGCUCUGUGUCACCUGCACACAGACUGUUGUUACUGUCCGACAUUUUGUGUAUCCUCUGGUGCUCGCUGGCUGUUAGCUGCUAGCCGUUAGCCGGCUCUGUGGUGUGUCAUGGCGGGUGGAGGCGGCGCGGCUCCUCCGCACGUCGGUGAUGUUGAAGAGGACGCUUCACAGCUGCUGUUUCCUAAAGAGUUUGAGAACUCGGAGACUCUGUUGAACUCGGAGGUCCACAUGCUGCUGGAGCACCGGAAGCAGCAGAACGAGAGUGCGGAGGACGAGCAGGAGCUGUCUGAGGUCUUCAUGAAGACUCUGAACUACACGGCCCGAUUCAGCCGCUUCAAGAAUAGAGAGACCAUCACAGCCGUCCGCAGUCUCCUCCUGCAGAAGAAGCUCCACAAGUUCGAGUUGGCCAGUUUAGCAAAUCUGUGUCCUGAAGCUGCCGAAGAGGCCAAAGCCCUGAUCCCCAGUCUGGAGGGUCGGUUCGAGGACGAGGAGCUGCAGCAGAUCCUCGAUGACAUCCAAACCAAGAGAAGCUUCCAGUACUGAGACCAGGACCAGGUCCUCCUGCUCAGACCAGUUUUCAUGUUUUUUUUCUGUCCAGGUGACUGAACUGAACUGAUUGAUCCUGAUCAUGUGAUCUGAUGACAUCACAGGGUGUCCUGUUCACAUCACAAUAAAUUUUGAUUUGUCUUUUUUAAAA